UAUGCAAUUAUCUAUAAAUAUUGAAUUACUUGAUGGGUGGACUAAAAAUCAUUUCUAUAGAACCAGCUAUUAAACCAUGAGAAAUCAAGAUUAAAUUCUACUUAAAAAUUCAGCUAUUCCUGGUUAUGCUGGACAUAUUCCAUAUACAAAAUCAGAAAAUAUUUUUGGCAGACCUUUUUCAGCAAUUACAAGAGAAGCAUUUAAUCAUGUUCCAAUAGCAACAGAGAAAUGGAAUUCUUCAACUAAAGUUUUAUUCAAGAAUCCAAAAAGUAUAAUUUCCCCUACCUAUCGUGAAACUGACAAGGUACUCAAAAACUAAAAGUUUCGGAAUUCUGGUUUUGUACAAAAUAACAGUACUGGAGAUUAGAAAGGAUGGAAAACUCAUAAAAGCAUAAGAGGAAACAAUAAAGUUACUGAAUAUAGAUAUGCUUAUGAUUCCAAAUAUGAAAAAAAAUUAUGA